ACGGUUGAGACUUGAGAGCGUGACGCAGCAAACAGGCCGCGUGAGAUGGUGUCAGGUUACCUAACGCACGUCGAAUGCUCCCACGAGUAUCCACGAGCAUCCACGAGUAUCUCCGCUUCGGAGCCUCUGACGGUCGAAACUAGCCCGUCUUCAUUUGUCCGCCUGCGGUUCCGGUGCGUCAUCCCUGACGAUGGCCCCGGCCGGCCAGGGAACCGACGUGACUCGGGAUUUGUCGGUCCGGGAUUUGUAAGUCCAGGAUGUUGUCGGUCCAACAGAUCGGCGGAUCCGGCGUAGCAUCGCAUCAGUGGUUGCCUCCAGGAAGAACCCUGGCAUGGCCUCGAUAAAUGUCGCAGAAACUCAAACUCAC